ACAAAUCAAAAACAUUCUACAACUAUCAAAUUAAACAUGGGAAGAAGACACUCACUUAUAAACAUCUUCCUCUCUAUUUUUUCACUCUUCUCUCUCGUCCUCCUCCCUACAUCACACGCGCUGCCCCUAUCAACGAACUCUCGAUGGAUCGUCGAUGCGAAGGGGCAGCGCGUAAAGUUAGCGUGCGUAACGUGGGCAUCACACCUAGAGUUGGUGGUGGCAGAAGGACUAAACAAACAGCCAGUUGAUGUAAUAUCAAAGAAGAUAAAAGAGUUGGGAUUUAAUUGUGUUAGGCUAACUUGGCCUAUUUAUUUGGCCAGUAAUGAAUCUUUGGCUUCUCUAACUGUAAGACAAUCUUUUCUCAAUGCUGGUCUUUCUGCGUCCGUUAUUGCUGAGUUACAAGCUAACAAUCCCUCCAUUGUUGAUCUCUCUCUCAUUAAUGCUUUCCAGGCAGUUGUGUCAAGCCUAGCUAAAAACAAUGUGAUGGUAAUACUGGAUAAUCAUGUAAGUAAACCAGGGUGGUGUUGCAGUUAUUCUGAUGGUAAUGGCUUCUUUGGUGACAAAUAUUUCAACCCUGAUCUUUGGAUUAAAGGCUUGACUAAAAUGGCAACUCUUUUCCGAAACAAUCCAUUUGUUGUUGGUAUGAGUUUAAGGAACGAACUUCGUGGACCUAAGCAGAACGCUAAUGAUUGGUAUAGGUACAUGCAAAGAGGCGCUGAAGCAGUACAUGAAGCCAACCCGAAUGUACUAGUGAUCCUCUCCGGCCUGAGCUUCGACACAAACUUAAGCUUCCUCCGCGAACAACCAGUAUCUCUUAGCUUCACUGGGAAAAUAGUUUUCGAGGUCCAUAAGUAUUCGUUCGCAGACACAUUCGAAUGGGAGACUAAGAACCCAAAUGAAGCUUGUGGGAAAAUGAUGAGUGAUCUUAUGAAAAUGUCGGGAUUUUUGCUUGAUCAAGGCUUUCCUUUGUUUGUAGGUGAGUGGGGGAUAAAUCUGGUGAAACAAUCUGAGAGUGAGCAAAAGUACUUGAAUUGUUUCCUUGCUUGGGCUGUUGAACAUGACUUAGAUUGGGCGUUAUGGACUUUGGUUGGGAGCUAUACUUUCAAAAGUGGUGUGGUUGGGAGCAGCGAGUAUUUUGGAUUGCUAAAUGAGAAUUGGACUCAAGUUCGUGAUAAAACUUUCUUACAAAGGAUUUCUGUCAUCCAAUCCCCUCUUCAAGGUCCCGGGAUACCAUAUUACAAUAAACACAAGAUAAUAUUUCACCCGUCCACAGGACUUUGCAUCCUAAAAAAUACAGUGAUGGGAGUGGAGCUUGGAAAUUGCUCAGAAUCAAACCAUUGGAGCUACACAGCCAAUAAUAUCCUAGAGAUUAAGGGGUCAUAUCUAUGCUUACAAGCUCAAGGUCUGAACCGCCCGACGAGGCUCAGCAUUAUAUGUCCCGGAAGAGGUACGGAUUGGACACCAAUCUCAGACUCAAAGCUACUCCUCGCCGCCACAUUGAGCAACAAUACUACAGCUUGCUUAGAUGUGGAUUCUCAUAACAAUCUUAUUACAACUACUUGUAAGUGCACAAGUAACGACAACAAGUGCGAUCCUGGGAGCCAGUGGUUUAAGGUUGCUGAUGCUUUUGAUAAACAACUACAUUAAAAUUGUUGCAGAGUACAUCCUAUGAUGCAAUAUAAAUUUCCCAGAACAAUAAUAGUAGUACGUUGCUCUUGGCAUAAAGCCAUAAAAUUACAUGCUUGAAAAUGGCAUAAUAUUUAUAAGAAAAAUAUAGUCACCAAUCUCAAGUUUGGGGCCUCUCCAUACUCAUCUCAGAUGUUAUUAGAAGUAUGAAUUAUCUCAUGUUUAGUAAUAUCCUUCUCAUUUUGGUCCAUAACAACUUAUACCUGUACCAAUGUUAGAUUUUGCU